AUGGCAACUAAACUAUUGCGCGCCUUGAUGGCCUUUUUGUCCCUUGGAAACACAGUUAUUGCCGUAUUCAUCAACCCACCACCUACAGAGUCCCAGAUUGGCAACCCUAUAUACGAGUUGGGUCAAGAAAUCAAGAUCAGAUGGAAUACGAAUGUCGAAUUUACCGAUUUGACAAUGUGGCAGACUGACACGGGUAAAAGGUACAAUUUACAAUCAAACAGCAAGUCCAAGGAGUAUACCUGGAUCGCAUCUUACCAAGGUAUCGAUCCUGCAGAUGGUAACUCAUUUAGCUUUUGGCUUUUCGAGACAGGCCAAACGGGUUCUCUGUUUUCAAGUCAUACAUUCAACAUCACCGAUCCAACUUCAACUACACGAUCGGCGACCCAGUCCACGAGAACGAAACAUCCACAAACCAAGACCACAAGCGAAGCUACCGAAUCAACUAGCGAACCUGCCUCGUCAUCUACAAUCGUUGAUGAGGUGGUUGAUGAGGUGGUUGAUGAGCCCUUAUCGUCGGGAUUAUCGUCAGGCGCAAUAGCCGGAGUAGCAGUUGGCUCUGUCGUUGGACUUUUGUUGAUCGCUGGUGGAGUAUUUAUGUUGUGGCGUAGGAAAAACAACAAAGACGUGUCAGGGCCCACGGGAGAGAUGGGAGUUCUAAAGUAUGGGGCGGUUGAAGUGCCCAAUGAUAACGAGGCUCAUCCUGUCCAUGGGAAAUGGGGGAUGCUACCAUACAGGCCCACGAGCUACCAGCCGCAGACCACACCUACAAAUAUAGAACUGAGCGAUGGGCAUGAAGGAUGA